UCUCUUUGUCCCAAAAGAGAGAAAAAACAAUGUGCACUCCAUGGACUAGGAGAGACUUGACCAAAUAUUUCCUCUCUUGCAGGAUUCCUUUAGUGGUAGAUGAAGAAGAAGCAGGAACAGUUUGCCCUUCAUCAUCAUCUCAAGCUCCCAGAGUAGCCAAUGCGAUGAACACAGCCGCCUUACAUGGCAACCACAGCCAACAAGAGAAAGAACCAGUCUUUAGUUCAAGGCAUAAGUCAACUCUCAGUAGCAGAGUAGAAGAGCAGGAGAUUGAUGAGGAUUAUAUUGUAUUAUGCUUUAGAGAGGAUGGAGCAGUCCAUGUGGUGAAGGAUGGGAAGCCGGAAGCAUCAUCUAACCAUGCUGAUGGCGCGAACAAGAGUUCAACACGGCACAGAAAUCGAGAGCUUGUAUAUGGUAAUAGUGCAGAGAAAGUGGAUACCAGUUGCCAUGGCUGUAUGCUGCUGGAUGAAGAUGAAGGAGAUGUUAAUCCAUCGAAUAAGGGAGAUAAUGUGAUCUCUACCAGAAAGGGGAAAGAAAAAUGGAGAAUCAAUUUGCAUACAGCAUCUCCUGCAGUGGAGCACAGAGGGGAGGACCACAUUAAGGAGGCUGAAGACUCUGUAAUGGAGUUUGCUGAAUCAAGUGAUUCCAAUCAAUCAGACAGCAGCUCUGGUUCUUUUGCCUUCCCAGUGUUGAGAUGGGAAGGGAUUGGCAGCCCUGUGCAAAUGCCGAAACCAGAUGCCCUCCAAUUAAGGAAGCCCAAGGCCAGGGAUUGGCAGCCCCGUGCAAAUGCCGAAACCAGAUGCCCUCCAAUUAAGGAAGCCCAAGGCCAGGGCUGUGAGGCCUCACUGUUGUAGAUUUGAAAGUUGCUCUCUCUCUCUCUCUCUCUCUCUCUCUCUACUCUCAAUUAUGUAAUCUUACAUUAUUUUGCUGAAAAAACCCUUUUUAUAAAGGUUCAAAAGAAAAAGAGACAAAGCAGUAUAGU